UGCUUUCAUGUCAACGUUCGUCUUCCCUCACGAGGCUCUCAAACAAACCUCAUGCGCCAGAAUCCCUCUCAUCAUCAGCAGCAGCACCGCCCCGUCGACUCGCCCUCCCGAGCAGCGGAGCACCGCUGUGGCGGAGUCCUUGACGGGGACGAGCAUCCGGGUAAACACGACAAAACACUGCUGUUUACAUGAAGGCAAACUGAUUCUCGCCGUAAGGCUGCAACCAGGCUGGCUGCAGCUGAGCUUUUCAUGCUGUGUUGACUGGGAGGAAGACAGAUCCAGCUGAAGAAGGAAAAAGGAAGGAGAGGACUGCUGACUCCAUGUCUUCACCUUCGAAUAAAAGAUCUGGCUCUGGAUCACGCAAAUUCAACCUGCUGAAGGCCCUACAGCCUAAGCGCCACUUGCAGCAAAUGCUGUCAUCUUCCACUGCGUCCCCUGUUUUUGACUAUUGCAGGUUUAUAGAGCUAGACUACACACCCAUGGAGUCAGGCAUUAUGGUCUCUAUGAGACAGAGCAGAGGAUUUCUGACACCAAAGUCCCCGGAACGCCACUGUCGACGGAGUCAAGCACCUGUCAGUAACCGUGAUCCCUAUGGAAAUGCCUCUCUCAGCAGCAGUAGCACUUCAGGGUCAUGCAAGGGUAGUGAUGGAAGCCCAACCCAUAGGCGUCACAUAAAAUACACCUCCUGCAAUGAUAACCAUGGUAUCCGGCCCCCUCCACCUGAGCAAUACCUUACCCCACUGCAACAGAAAGAGGUGUGUAUCAGACACCUCAGAGCACGGCUCAAAGAAACCAUCGAAAGACUGCAGAACAGGGACACUAAGAUUGAUGAGUUGCGCACUCAGCUGUCUCGUAUGCAAGAGGAUUGGAUUGAAGAGGAGUGCCACCGCGUGGAGGCCCAGCUGGCUCUGAAAGAGGCUCGCAGGGAGAUCCAGCAGCUUAAGCAGGUUGUUGAUGUUGUAAGAUCCAGUCUGGGAGACACCGACACUGGAGUGCAAAAGUGCUUCCAAGACAUAAACCUCCAGAACCACAAGCUGGAGUCUUUAUUGCAGAGCAUGGAGCUGGCUCAGAUCGGGACCCCCAAAACAGGAGAAACCCUGGCAGGUGGAGGGGUGGUGGGGGCAGGGCUGGAGGUCAGCGAGGGCCUGGUGGAGUCUUCCGAAGGCUCCCCAGCUCGCUCGCUUACCCGCAGCUCUACCUACACCAAGCUAAGUGACCAGACUGGCCAGGAACAUGGCGGCAAUGAAAAUGGGUGUGACAUUCCAUGUUUGUCAGGUGAGGGCACGCAGGACAGUGGGUUUGUUUGUUGUGGAGAAAGUGGAAGAGGAGCAAGCAGGGCAGACCUGCUCCUGGAGGCUGCGUUUUUGUCUCAAGAAACAGCCUCGCUGCUCAAUGCGUACUCCCACCUGCCACACUCCUCCACCUAUGAGGCACUGAGUAUCAGCGAGCCGAGAGCUGUGCCACUCCGCUGCAGUGGGAUCGGGAUGGGGACCACUGUUAGUGCUAGUCAUCCAUGUUUGUCACAUCAUCACCUAUACCUGCAUCACCUACGUGAGCAAGGCAUUCAAACUGACUACGACCAUGCACCUGCUUCGGCCCCUGCCCAUGGUCCCAGUACAUCCUUUAACUGUGAUCUGGACACUAUUGCUGAGCGCACCUUCCGCUCCCAGGCAUGCAGUCCAACCUCUACCUGGAUGUCUGAUGAGGGAGAUGAUCUGGAGUCGGUAGCCACAGAAUCAGCCAUUACAGCAACAGUUGCAACAGCUUCUGUUGUCACAGACUUUUCCAACAAGUCUGCACCAGCUGUUUCAAUGGAGCCUUGGGCACCAAAUGCGUCUGUUACAAAAGGACCUGCAAAUUUAGUGUUGGAGUCCUCUGUCAAGGAGACAACUGUUUCAGAGCUCCUUACAGUCUUACCAACCACCACAACAGCUUUGACCACAGAGACCAUUGGAUCCCAAGUAACCAACUCUGUUCAACCUCAACCUGUAACAGACCCUUUGCCAAACCCUUGCAACUCCCCUAGCUCCGUACAGCCAUUGAUUGAGACUGAAGGAGAGCCCCUUCCACAGACCACUCAGCCUCGUGGUAUACUAACAGACGCUGAGGAUGAAGGGGAUCAUGUCAUAAAUAUAGGUGCAGAAGAUGAAGAUGAGGUGGACGAGAGUGCUACGAACACAGAGUCCAAGUCGUCUGGCUGUGGUUUACCGGCAAAGAACUACUGGAGCCGGCACUUCCUAGUGGAUUUGCUUGCAGUGGUCGUGCCAGUGGUCCCCACAGUGGCGUGGCUCUGUCGGGGUCCACACCGCGUUGGUCAGCCAAUGUACCAUAUUGGUUCUCUCAUGCGAGGUUGCUGCACCGUGGCGCUCCAUUCCCUGCGUCGAGGAGGAGGCCUUCGGCACUACCCCGCAGGAGGAGGUGGUUCAGGGGGAAUGAGUAUAUAAGACCAGCUCUUCUCUCUGGAGAAGCAUUGAAGCCAGUGAUAUCACUGUUCUUCUUUCAUAUGUGCAAUUAGGGAAUGGUUAACACAUGUAAACUGAAUUGAGGCAACAAGGAUAGUGUCUGAGCACAGCACCUUAAUGCUGUGGUUCUCUAUGGUCUAUAUCCAAGACAAGAUAAGAACGAGGAAGGGGAAUCACUAGCAUGUAUUUACACCUACAAAUGAGAUGCUCAUGAAGUUCAGGACUUCAAAUGGGCUUUCACCUUUUUCCACAACUACUACACUGAGUAAAGAGGCGAGAUGAUGUGUUCUGAAUGAUGGACUGACAUGAUGACAGUGACUCAGCUUUGUGACUGACACUAAAAGAACCCCUUUAAUAUGAUUGUAUUCCCCCCAUUUAGAGACACAAUAAGUGAUGGGAAGAAACUUGUCCUUUUGUGCGUCCCUCUUACUGUCACCGUUGAGGGUGUGUGUCAUAUGUGUUUGCAUUGAUUUUUCUGAGUGAAUGUUGUGUUAAUGUACAGUGCAGCCAAAGUACCUGGAUUAAUAAUGGCCAUCAUUGUUGUAGCCGUGAUUGCAGUAGUUAGCUGUCCCAUUACUUAUGCCUGUGUGGCAUAAGAGCAGAACAUCCUUUCCCCUUAAGGAGGCAGGUAAGCGCCUGCUGAGCUAUUUAUAUGUUUAGCAUAUACCACUAGUGUCCUAGAUAAAGGCUGUCACAAAAUGAUGAUAGACCAUCUGGAGGCUUUAAGACAAUGUAUUCUUUAUUCUAGGCUCAACUAUGUGGGAAAGUUUGACGGUUCAGAAAUGCACUUGUAUAGUUGAAUGCUUAAUUGUGUAUUUAGGGAAAGGGUGAUGCAUUUUAAGUAAUAAUAUGAACAGUAAGAAAGAUUCAGCGUUUAGACAAUGAUCAGGGUUAAAUGACUUUAAUAGGUUCAUGGGAGCUUUUUCACCAGAAAUGAAUUUUGUGAUUUUGUUUCACUGUGUGACCAUCAAAAGCCUGUCAUAGCCAGAUGUUUUUGGAUUAAAUGCUAAUCUUUAACAAUAGGUGUAAUUGUCAUGUUCACUUGUUAGUCUAUAUAUAAUAUAAUUACAGCCUGAUGUGUUUGGCAACAGCUGGCAUGAGAGUUACUAAAUGCUAAACAAGGAAAUAGCUGAACUUAAUUUAGUAUUACAUCCUGCUUAACCCUAACCCUAACCCAGACUAUUAGUACUAAUGUUAUUAAAUGUUAGCUAAUAUGUUAUUUCUGAAAUACUAUGUAACAUAAUUCCACUAAAAAGCUAAAAGAAAGAAAAAAAUUGUUGUAUUGGUUAAAAAGUGGAAUAUACAAAUUGAUGAACUAAGCUUAAAAUUUAAAACACUGAAAGUAAAUUAAAUGUUUUACUGCAUGCAAACAAAUUAGAAUUUAGAAUUCUCUGCUUUCAGCUUUUUCCAAACAUUUGGCAAUGACUUCAUGUGCCCUGUGAUGUUCAUGUUGACCUUUUAUUUGACUGACACUUAGGUGACGGGUAACUUUUAAUGACAUGUCGAUUGCACUUUAAUUCACUUUAUAAGCAAUUACUUGAAGUAUACUUGAUUGUGAGUUUGUCUGUCCAAAGGUCAAUGCAUACAUGUGGAUUUGUGGUUCAAGGUUAGAUUUCACCAACACCACCACCAUUAAAAAAUAAAUAAAUCAACAUUGAUUCAUAAACUCAUGUGAAUAUUUAUGCUUUGUGUAUAUGUGACAGGACAGUCACAUAUUUCCAGUCAAUAGUGGAGAAGGUAAUCAGCCAGAUCAUAACUAUUGUAGUUAUUUGUGUCUCAUAUAUGGUCUCAUCUUCUUUCCCUACAAAAUCAUGAAUAGCCGCUGCCUUUCUGUCUACCUCCUCCCUCUGAUAUUGUGUACAGUAUAAUGUUAUACAGACUUUAUUUAUUGUCUAUUUGCGAAGUUCUCAUUUAAAUUUCAUGUGGUGUCUGUAAGGUUUUUCAGCGCUUAAUAUUUAUAGUUUUAACUGCUUGACAAUCUUAAUUUGUGCUUUAAGUGGUGUUAAGUGGUUAUAUAUGUCUUUAAUUUAUAGUCUCUGCACUUUUUCACGUCAUUCCAACUGAGCACUUUUUAAAAUUUAAUUAAAGUUUAUGCAUUUAGCAGA